GAACAAUUUCAUUGCAGUGAACAAUUUUGCUACAAUGAAAUAAGUGAGUGUGGAAUCCUGGAUGAAAAUCCUGCACAACUAGUCACAUUUUCAUCAGCAGAGGGAUGUUUGCAUCUGGUGCUUGGUGUGGCUUUACAUACACACUAUUCUUAUUUGUCAUCCCCUUGUUUUCGACUUGUCUUGGCUUCAGAACAAUGUUUUAAAACAAGAUCGAAAUAGUUCCUUCAAAUUGACGGCCGUCCCAGUAAAUACGUCAAACAGAAGUAUUUUCUUCUGCAUAUUUAAGGAAGUUACAGAGUAUCAUAAGGAAAGAAGAACUGCUUUGAAAAAUGGACGCCCAAUCCUUAAACGACGUGGAAAUUAAAAUAAAUACUUCCCAGCAAACUAGCAUCUACCUGGAUCGAUUGGAAUAAUCUGGCAGAUCCAGGUCGUCUAAGGGGAGCAUUCGAAUAUUGAACACAAGAUCGUCAAUGUGUAAUUGUUUCCAAAGUUCAAGUAGAUAAGAAGCAGGAAGAGCUGGCGAGGUAGGAUUGACCCUGAUAUAGUGGGACAACUAUACCGUUUGAAACUGUCAGUAAACACUGUCUGUGUAUCAACAAUAGAUAAUUUCCGCAGACUUAAAAUCGUCUGUGACGUCGACGGGAAAUCAAUUUUAUCAAACGUCUUAAAAAGUGAUAGGUAGCUCUCAGUUAUGAUGUGGUGAAAGCUUCUAGUCUGUAGUUCAGUCCAUCUCGACCUUCGAUUCCGCAAGUACCCCAUCACAAUGGAAACCCGAGUAAAAGUUUUCGGCGUUUUCAAUAUUCUCUUGGGAAUUACAAUGAUUAUUACUGAGUAUUCAGCCAUCGUGAUGUAUGGACUACCAAUGGAUACAACUGCUGCGGGCCUAUGGGGAGGAAUGUUUGUAAUGACGACCGGAGUUGUCAUCAUCAAAAGGCACAACGUUAUGGUCCUGGUUUUUUCAAUCUUAUCAGCUAUGAGUGGGCUAAUCAUGAUUGCACUUUACAUCUGGUCUAUGUCCUUGUACGGAAAAAUGAUUUCUUCCGGAUACACUUGUGAUCAAACCAACUAUAUGGGAUAUUCCAUUUGUAGCCGCAUAGCUCUGGAUUCACUUUUCCUUAUCUAUGGCGCUGCUGCAGUCGGAAUGAAUACAAUCCUGAUUCACGAUGCUAAGUGGAUUGAACCAAAAAAUCGCAAUGGACUUGCCAACACAUCCACAGCAAUCCACACAGAUGUCCCUGUAGUGGUUACCAUUACGCCCAGCAUGACCAACUGACAAGAUGUGUAUAGAUAACAAUUAUGGAAACGCGAUAUUUAAACUUCAAUCAAGAAAGCUUCAACUGCCUGCUACCAUUUGUUCGCUUGAACUCGUGAAGUGAGAAUCGAUCAUAUUGGAUUAGUACUUUAAAAAAAUAACAAAUGUGAACGCCCUGAAGCCAAAUUUAUUUCUCAAUUAUUAUUUUUUUUUGUCUGUUAAAAAUACAAAUAAGUAUUGCGUAA